CGCCGCUCUUCCGUCCUCCCCCAGCCGUCCAACUCGAUACACGAAUAACAUCGACUGAGAGUGCAAGUUGAAGCUCCGACCAUCACGACAUAAACCACCGGCGCCAUGUCUGGAAGCGCGGGUUUCGACCGACACAUUACCAUCUUCAGCGAUCAAGGGCGUCUCUAUCAAGUCGAAUAUGCAUUCAAGGCCAUUACCGCUGCCAACAUCACAUCCGUGGGUGUGCGAGGAAAGGACUGUGCUGUGGUAAUCUCGCAGAAGAAGGUGCCGGACAAGCUCAUCGACCCUUCGUCCGUCUCAUACGUCUACAAGCUUUCGCCGUCAGUAGGAUGCGUCAUGACAGGGUCAAUAGCAGAUGCGCGCGCAUCGGUGAACCGUGCAAGAGGCGAGGCUGCUGAGUUCCGAUACAAGAAUGGCUACGAGAUGCCGUGUGAUGUGCUGGCCAAGCGCAUUGCCAACAUCUCGCAGGUCUACACGCAGAGAGCAUACAUGAGACCCUUGGGUGUUGCGACGACACUCAUCUCAGUGGACGAGGAAUUCGGACCACAGCUAUACAAAUGCGACCCUGCAGGCUAUUACGUCGGAUACAAGGCCACCGCAUCGGGACCCAAGGCGCAAGAAGCGCUAAACUUUCUGGAGAAGAAGCUCAAGAACAAGGAGCAUGCUGAUGGCAGCUGGGACGAAGUCGUGGAACUUGCCAUCACCACUUUGAGCACCGUGCUCAGCGUGGACUUCAAGAAGGGCGAAUUGGAGAUUGGUAUUGUUGGUGGUCCAAGAAAAGACGGCAAGGAGGGCACAGACAAGGCAUUCCGUCCACUUACGGAGGACGAAAUCGAUGAACGCCUGCAAGCGAUCGCGGAGAAGGAUUGAGCGUGACCCGCUUCAGCCCUGUCCCUGGCAUGACAUCUGCGCGUGGUGUAACGUCAGAAUGGUCGUUGUUGCGAUAUGCUGGCGGGUGGUGCUCUUUCAGAGCUGCGCGAGUUCGUCACUUCGCGCACUCCGGCACUAGCGAGCUCAGAGAGUCGCGUGGGGAUUGGUCCGACCCAAGACGAGCUCACGUUUUCUUGAACCUUGUACCGCGUGCUUGCUAGCUGCAGCUUUACACAGCUCCGCAAGGUUCACUACUACUGCAGACACGAUUGCGCUUGAGGCGCUGUACUAUACCAACUUGUUCACCACGUCCUUGAUACCAGCCAAACAGAGUCCAGCUUCGGUUCCUUUCGCUUCGGCUAGCAGCCGCGUGUCCUCCAUCAGACCGCCCACAGUCCCGCCAUUUGCUCGCUUUGGCAACGAGCUCUACCAUGCACGUUGCAGGUUGGCAUGCAGACGACAGGUCUUAGCGAUGGCACAUGGAUGGUCUGGCCAGCUGAUCAGGCCAAUGGUGAUCGACACGCGCGAGAAGAGCCGCAUCUUAAAUGGAGGUGUUCGCCCGUUUGGGCGAAGUCCUUCGACUACGCCUCAAGAUGGCUUGAACAGAGGCUGCCUGAGCUCCCCCGGC